GAGUGCCGGUUCUCUCUCUCUCUCUCUGUUCCCGGCGGUGAUGCAGCCACAUCCUCAGCCCCCCGCUCAGGGCCCGCUCCCCGGCGGCGGUGAGGCGGUGAGACAGCUGGAGGCGGUGAGACAGCAGGAGGCGGUGAGACAGGGCGCUCUGGAGAAGCGCAGUGCGGGGUUACUGCAGGUGUGGAAGAGGAAACACUGCACGCUCACUGAGGAGGCCGUGCUGCUGCACGCGCCCCGGCACGCGCACGGAAAGCCCAAAGAGCUGCACUUCUCGCGCGUGCGGACGGUGGACUGCGUGGAGCGGAAGGGCGGACACGCCUACUUCACCAUGGUGAUGGCGGACGGCAGGGAGAUCGACUUCCGGUGUCGCGCGGAGGAGCGCUGGAGCGCCGAGAUCACCCUGCAGCUCGUGCAGUACAAGAACAGGCAGGCGGUGCUCGCGGUGCGCUCCACGCGCCACAAACAACAACGGUUAGGGACAGGAGCAGGGGAGAGUGGUUAAACAGAUUCAUUAUCUCAUCAUAAAGACAGACGGAGAAGACGGCAUACACACAGAUACACUGCGAGUGUGGAACCGACCUGCCUUCAUCUGUGUGUGUGUGUGUAAAUCAGAAGCUUCCUCUUCAUUCAUCAGGCCAAAGACACCCUGUCUCGCUCUGCCCUCCCCAGUGUGGUUUAGCCCCCCCUCUCCCCCCUUUCUGCUGGAGAAUGGUCUGUUCCAGGGCGAGGUCACUCUGUAUGACCCUCUUACUUGUCCUUUACGCUGUGGGUGUGGUUAUAAAGUCUGGUUUUCAGUUUCCAUGGUUACCACGUCUCAGCACUUGUGCGGCUGCAGAUGUGCAGCCUCCCGUCACCUGAUCAGAAAAAGGAGUGAACAUUGAGUGUGUACAGACACACAAACACAGAACACUUAGGGGCUUAGUUCAGGCUCACCGAAUGCACCUGACCAGGUGAGGGGCUUAGCUUAAACUGAGGACUCAGACUCAGAGUAGUCCUUAUAGUCAGUCCAGGGUUGGUAUUUAUUAAGCAUCUCAGACACACUUGUAGGAAUCUCGCUCAAAGUUAAUUUAGGACUGAAAAUAUUCCUACCUCAGAGUAGGACAUGAAACUUCUUUAUGAAGCUUCCUUUUUUUUUCCAGUGAGGAGUAGGACUGUGCCGAGGAAAGCUUGUGACGUCACAGUUUAUGACACUGAGGGCUGUAAAGUAGGCGUCACAAUAUAGUGUGUGUUGUAGUUUUUACACGUCUUUGUAGUUUUAAAUGGUGAAAUCAGCAGUAGUUGUGUGGAAGCUUUAUGCACACAGACAAAACCUGUAGCUGUUUGACUCUCUGCAUGAUGUCAUCCUAAUCAAACUGCUCCAAUCACAACUGUUUAAAGCCCUUAUAAUAGAGCUGUGAAGGACCGUUAUAAUCUGAUCAACAUGACUUCAAAAAGAAAAAGACUAGAGAGAGGAUGAGAGUGUUUAGCUUGUGGAGGAGGAGGGAGUAAAAUAAAGAAAUAAUUAAAGCUAAAUUCUUCUCUACUCUUACCUCUAAAGGUAAAAAGUGAGUGGAGACAGUUUGUGAAAGCAUCAGUGCCACCAUUUAUUAUUUUUUAUUUAUUUAUUUUUAUAGCGCUUUUAACAAUGGUCAUUGUUUUAAAGCAGCUUCACAAAAAUUUAUGGAAGUGUGUAUGUGAGAAAAAUGUGUCUAGAUAAUAAUGAGAUUGUCUCUGAUGAGCAAGCCAAGGCUGAAGGUGACAGUAGCAUCUCCAAGCAGAAGCGGGGCACCAGGAUGGGUCAGACAGGUCCGGAGGGCAGAGGGAGUCUGGAUCACAGGCAGCUCAGGAACGACAUGUGUAGCUUGACAGAGAUAGGGAAAGAAAGAGCAGAAGAGGAGAGAUAAUAGUUGGGUCACUGGGAGCUCAGGAGCAGCAUGUGUAGCUCCAACCAUCAUAAAGCAGAAUCCAGCUGGAGCUGGCCCUUCUCUGGAUGCCUCAGGAUCCUCACAGGGUUGGCCUUUGUCUACUGAAGCUGGCACA